CCUGGUCAUGUCAGGAUGGACGUCCGGCAGCACGAGUGGCUCCCGGCUCCCCCGCACGACGGCUUCGAGCAGAUGAGGCUGAAAAGCCGCCCCAGGGAGACCUCGCCGAGCCUGGCUCGAGCGGGCGCGAACUUCUACGGCGGCGUCAAGCAGCAGGACUACAGCGCCAGCGUCUGGCUGCGACGGAAGGACAAACUGGAGCACUCCCAGCAGAAGUGUAUAGUGAUCUUUGCCCUGGUGUGCUGCUCUGCUGUUCUCAUUGCAUUGAUAUUUUCAGCAGUGGACAUCAUGGGAGAAGAUGAGGAUGGACUCUCAGAAAAAAAUUGUCAGAAUAAAUGUCGAAUUGCCCUGGUUGAAAAUAUUCCUGAAGGCCUUAACUAUUCAGAAAAUGCACCAUCUCACUUGCCACUUUUCCAAGGCUGGAUGAAUUUACUCAGCAUGGCCAAGAAAUCUGUUGAAAUAGUGUCUUCCCAUUGGGAUCUCAACCACAGUCAUCCAUCAGCAUGUCAGGGUCAGCGUCUUUUUGAAAAGUUGCUUCAACUGACCUCGAAAAACAUUGAAAUCAAGCUAGUGAGUGACGUAACAGCUGAUUCAAAGGUAUUAGAAGCCUUAAAAUUAAAGGGAGCUGAGGUGACCUACAUGAACAUGACCGCCUACAACAAAGGCAGGCUGCAGUCCUCCUUCUGGAUUGUGGACAAACAGCAUAUUUAUAUCGGCAGUGCCAGUUUGGACUGGCAAUCCCUGGGACAGAUGAAAGAACUUGGUGUCAUCUUCUACAACUGCAGCUGCCUGGUCCUAGAUUUACAGAGGAUAUUUGCUUUAUAUAGUUCAUUAAAAUUCAAAAGCAGAGUACCUCAGACUUGGUCCAAGAGGCUCUAUGGAGUCUAUGACAAUGAAAGGAAAUUGCAACUUCAGCUGAAUGAAACAAAAUCUCAAGCAUUUGUGUCGAAUUCUCCAAAACUUUUUUGCCCUAAAAAUAGAAGCUUUGACAUAGAUGCUAUCUACAGUGUGAUUGAUGAUGCCAAACAGUACGUGUACAUCGCUGUCAUGGAUUACCUUCCCAUCUCCAGCACAAGCACCAAAAGAAAAUAUUGGCCAGACUUGGAUGGGAAAAUAAGAGAAGCAUUACUCUUGCGAAGUGUUAAAGUUCGACUCCUUAUAAGCUUUUGGAAAAAAACGGAUCCCCUUACAUUUAGUUUUAUUUCAUCUCUUAAAGCUAUUUGCACUGAAAUAGCCAAUUGCAGUUUGAAAGUUAAAUAUUUUGAUCUGGAGAGAGAAAAUGGCUGUGUCACAAAAGAGCCAAAGAAUCACACUUUUCCUAAGUUAAAUCGCAACAAAUACAUGGUGACAGAUGGUGCAGCUUAUAUUGGAAAUUUUGACUGGGUAGGAAAUGAUUUUACCAAGAAUGCUGGCACGGGCCUUGUUAUCAACCAGGUAGAUGUGAGAAAUGACACAAGCAUCAUUAAGCAACUUAAAGACGUGUUUGAGAGGGAUUGGUACUCACCCUAUGCCAGCAACUUACAGCCAACCAAACAACCAAAUUGCUCAAGCUUGUUCAAAUUCAAACCACACUCAGACAAAUCUACAAGUAGAAAAGAGCUUACAAGAGUUUAUCAUGGGUGAACAAGCUAACAGGGCAGACUCUAAUUUAUAUUAAUAAAAAAGGACUCAAGAAAAAUAUGUUUAAUACGUCUUUUUUAGGAAUAAAGCACACUUACAAAAUAUUCUCUGAAUGACAUAUAAUA